UCAGUUGUAAGCUGACUGCAAUCAGCAGUGGUUCGCAUUUUGGUUCGGGAAUUCGCAAUUCCGCAUUUCGGCUUCUCGACUUUUCAUUCGCGCUCGUGGAAAACGCUCUCGGGACAUAACGGAAUCUACGGGCCGGCGCGGCUGACCGAGCGCAAAAAAAAACUUUUCGAUUAUUAUAAACUUGGCGUGAGUUUGUAUAGUGGUGUGCGUGAGUGCGUGUGUGUGCCGUUGGAGCAUGCAAUUGCAAUUCACCGUUAGCUGAGCGGACAAGUGAGACAGCAGGAGUUACUUAUUAAAUAAAGUGUGCCCGCAAAAUAGAGACAAAAGUGCGAAAUAAAAUAUAUAAAACUCACUCAAUCACUUUGAGAGCGCUAAGAUGGCGCCAAAAAAGUCCACCAUUGUGCUCAAUGUGGAGCAGUUUAUUCACGACAUCGAGGAGCGCCCGGCCAUCUGGAACCGCAAUUUCCACUGCAACAAGGCCUUCCUCGAGCAGAUGUGGGACGAGCUGAGCGGAGCGCACAAACUGCCAAAGAUCGUUCUCAAGGCCAAAUGGAAGGGACUUCGAGACAAUUUCCGUGUGGAGUACAAAAGGAUACCGCGGGCGGAUAACGGUGAUUUUAUGGUGGAUCCGGCCACCUUUGAGUCCAAGUGGCUGCACUACUAUGCAUUGUUGUUUUUAACUGAUCACAUGCGUCAUCGUUUGCCAAAGAACGAACAGGAUCAGUCAUUUUACUUCAGCCAGCAAAGCGAGGACUGUGAAAAGACAGUGGUGGAGCCGGAUUUAACAAACGGUCUAAUACGUCGUCUGCAGGACAGCGACGAGGAUUACGACGAGGAGGAAAUGGAGGCGGACGGAGAGGCUAGCGAAGCCACCAUGGAGGAAACGAUGCCCACGCCACCGGCUGCGCAUCAAAUGAAUCAAGUUAGCACCACACCACUGGCCACCGGAGCUUUGCGAGCCCAAGAAGAGGCACAUCAGCACGCUUUAAUUAAGGCAGGAUUACUCCGCGCUCAGUUGAUGGAGCUGGAAAAGGAGGCGGAGGACUUGAGCAGAAAGCCACCUCCGCCACAGCAAAUGACAUCUCCAGUGGCACCCUCACUACAAGUGCUAGUGGAACCACCAGCCGCACACUGUUCUCCACCGCCAAUGGUGACCACCACAUCCGCACAAGUACAACAACCGGGCUCAGCAGCUGUUCUGGCGCCGGCAACGACCACAUCCGCGUCAUCUGUAUCCUCGAAUGGAGCGCCAAUGGGCGGCAAGAGAUCUGUGUCGCCACCGCCUCUAUACAACAAAGCACACCAUCCGCUGGCCACUCUGGCAGCAGCACAUCUUGCGGCCAAAGACCGAAAUGAGGAUUUCGGACCCACCUCUGCUGUAGGAGGAAACGGAGAUCACCUGAGCUUCACUCAACACUCCUACGCCAAUGGACUGAUACCCGCCCUUAAGCUGAAGCGCCCGCGUCUCUCCGAGGAUAGCAAUUUUAAUGGUUCCUCGACAAUGGACACUCCGCUCGUACCAGAGGACGAUGACUACCACUACUUGCUCAGCCUACAUCCGUACAUGAAGCAGCUGACCGCAGCCCAGAAGCUGCGCAUACGCACCAAGAUACAAAAGCUCAUCUUCAAGGAACUCUACAAAGAAGAUCUUGAGGAGUCCAAGUAGUGGAACAGCUCAGAAUGCCUAGAUUAAGCUCAAGACUGUACAUACGCCCACUAGCCUAGAUCGUAAGCAUUAUACUUAGUUCGUGUCCAUGCCAUGCUAUUUGAUUGAUUUCUAGUUGAGCGCCACUCCAAGGAAAGCUGGGAGUGCGCCAUUUACGCCUAAGCACAAAUACCCUGGAAAUAAAAAUGUAACAUUAAAAUG